AUGGAUGAGAUAAAGCUCCUCCGAGAACUUUUCAGAGCCAAUGGCUAUCCGCGGGCAUUCAUUGAACGAAGCCGGAGGCAGCCAAAGAAACGAAACGAAGAGCACAGUCAGCCAAACUCGUGGCGGAGCAUUCCGUACAUUAAAGGGGUCUCCGAAGUCGUGGCCCGAUCACUCGCGCCACUCGGAAUAGGUGUUGCCCACAGACCUGACUCAACAAUCCGCCUGCAAGUGAUGCGGCCGAAAGAUCCGAUCCCUAAGCAGGAGAUGUCGGCCGUUGUCUACCGACUUCAGUGCAGCUGCGAAAGUUGCGACUACGUUGGGGAAACCGGCCGACGGCUGCAAACGCGAAUGCACGAGCAUAAGUUGGCCGUGCGAAUGUUGGACACAAAGUCGGAGGUAGCAACCCAUGCCGCGCAAAUGGGACACAUCUUCAACUUUGACGCCAUUGAGAUUGUGGUUCGGGGCAACGAUCACACAGCAAGACAAUUGCAAGAAGCCUGGAUGUCCACCGACCGCUCUGUCAACCGCCGCAUCAAUUUGCCUCCCCCUAUCUGA